GGGCUGGGCCCGCCGGGGCGAUGAGCUAUGAGGGCCCUCCGGGCUGGGGCCGCGACGGCGGGCCGCGCAGCUCCGGCGGCGGCCGCGGUGGGAGCCGGGGCGCGGGCGGCGGCGGGGGCGGCCGGGGCGGGCGCGGCCGGCACCCCGGGCACCUGAAGGGCCGCGAGAUCGGCCUGUGGUACGCACGGAAGCAGGGCCAGAAGAACCGGGACGCCGAGAGGCAGGAGAGAGCUGUAGUACACAUGGAUGAACGUCGAGAAGAACAAAUUGUGCAGCUACUGCAUUCUGUCCAAGCUAAGAAUGAUAAGGAUUCGGAAGCACAGAUAUCCUGGUUUGCUCCUGAAGAUCAUGGAUAUGGUACUGAAGCUCCUGCUAAGAACAAACCAAACUCAGAGAAGAAACGGGAGGACCAGGAAAAGAAAUUGAUAAAUCAAGAAAAGCAGACGUUUAGAAUCAGGGACAGAUACAUUGACCGAGAUUCUGAAUAUCUCUUCCAAGAAAAUGAGCCAGAUGCAACCUUAGACCAACAAUUAUUGGAAGAUUUACAAAAGAAAAAAACUGACCGUCGCUAUAUUGAAAUGCAGCAUUUCAGGGAAAAGCUGCCUUCGUAUGGAAUGCAAAAGGAAUUGGUAAAUAUGAUCGAUAACCAUCAGGUAACAGUAAUAAGUGGUGAAACUGGUUGUGGAAAAACCACUCAAGUUACUCAGUUCAUUUUGGAUAACUGCAUUGAAAGAGGGAAAGGAUCUGCAUGCAGAAUAGUUUGUACACAGCCAAGAAGGAUUAGUGCCAUUUCAGUCGCAGAGCGAGUAGCUGCAGAAAGGGCAGAGUCUUGUGGCAACGGUAAUAGUACCGGAUACCAAAUUCGUCUCCAGAGUCGGUUGCCAAGGAAACAGGGUUCUAUCUUAUACUGUACAACAGGAAUCAUCCUUCAGUGGCUCCAGUCAGACCCGCAUCUGUCCAGUGUUAGUCAUAUUGUGCUUGAUGAAAUCCAUGAGAGAAAUCUACAGUCAGACGUUUUAAUGACUGUUGUUAAAGGUCUUCUCAAUUUUCGACCUGACCUCAAAGUAAUACUGAUGAGUGCAACAUUGAAUGCUGAGAAAUUUUCAGAAUAUUUUGGUAACUGUCCAAUGAUACACAUACCUGGUUUUACUUUUCCUGUUGUGGAGUAUCUUUUGGAAGAUAUAAUUGAAAAAAUAAGAUAUGUUCCAGAACAAAAAGAACACAGAUCACAGUUUAAGAGGGGUUUCAUGCAAGGGCAUGUAAAUAGACAAGAAAAAGAAGAAAAAGAAGCAAUCUAUAAAGAACGCUGGCCAGACUAUGUAAAGGAACUGCGAAAAAGGUAUUCUGCAAGUACUGUAGGUGUUAUGGAAAUGAUGGAUGAUGAUAAAGUUGAUCUGAAUUUGAUUGCUGCCCUUAUUCGUUACAUUGUUUUGAAAGAAGAGGAUGGUGCAAUACUGGUCUUUCUACCAGGCUGGGACAAUAUCAGUACUUUACAUGACCUCUUGAUGUCGCAAGUGAUGUUUAAAUCAGACAAGUUUCUUAUUAUACCUUUACAUUCACUGAUGCCUACAGUUAACCAGACACAGGUAUUUAAAAGAACCCCUCCUGGUGUUCGGAAAAUAGUAAUUGCUACCAACAUUGCAGAGACUAGCAUUACCAUAGAUGAUGUAGUUUUUGUGAUAGAUGGAGGAAAAAUAAAGGAGACACACUUUGACACACAGAACAACAUCAGCACGAUGUCCGCUGAGUGGGUUAGCAAGGCCAACGCCAAGCAGAGGAGAGGUCGGGCUGGAAGAGUUCAACCUGGUCACUGCUAUCAUCUGUACAAUGGUCUUAGAGCAAGCCUUCUGGAUGACUAUCAACUGCCGGAAAUUUUGAGAACCCCUUUGGAAGAGCUGUGUUUACAAAUAAAGAUCUUAAGACUAGGUGGAAUUGCCUGUUUUCUGAGUAGGUUAAUGGACCCGCCAUCUGAUGAAGCCGUGUCACUCUCCAUAAAACACCUGAUGGAACUGAACGCUUUGGAUAAACAAGAAGAAUUGACGCCUCUUGGAGUCCAUUUAGCACGGUUACCAGUUGAGCCACACAUUGGAAAAAUGAUUCUGUUUGGAGCUCUGUUCUGUUGCCUAGACCCAGUGCUCACCAUAGCUGCCAGUCUCAGCUUCAAAGAUCCCUUUGUCAUUCCAUUGGGAAAAGAAAAGAUCGCAGAUGCAAGAAGAAAAGAAUUGGCAAAGGAUACUAAAAGUGACCACUUGACUGUUGUGAAUGCAUUUGAGGGCUGGGAGGAAGCUAGACGACGUGGUUUCAGACAUGAAAAAGACUAUUGCUGGGAGUAUUUUCUGUCUUCAAACACUCUGCAGAUGCUGCAUAACAUGAAGGGGCAGUUUGCUGAGCACCUGCUGGGAGCUGGCUUUGUGAGCAGUCGAGAUCCCAAAGAUCCCGAGUCUAAUGUCAAUUCAGAUAAUGAGAAGAUAAUUAAGGCUGUCAUCUGUGCUGGUUUAUAUCCCAAAGUUGCUAAACUCCGACUAAAUUUGGGUAAAAAAAGAAAAAUGGUGAAGGUUUACACGAAAACCGAUGGACUAGUUGCUCUUCAUCCGAAGUCGGUCAACGUGGAGCAAACCGAGUUUCACUACAACUGGCUCAUCUACCACCUGAAGAUGCGCACGAGCAGCAUAUACUUGUAUGACUGCACGGAAGUUUCUCCAUACUGUCUCUUGUUCUUUGGAGGAGAUAUUUCCAUCCAGAAGGAUAAGGAUCAGGAAACCAUUGCUGUGGAUGAGUGGAUUGUCUUUCAGUCUCCAGCCAGAAUUGCCUAUCUCGUUAAGGAAUUAAGAAAGGAGCUAGACAUCCUUCUGCAAGAGAAGAUCGAAAGUCCCCGUCCUGUCGACUGGAAGGACACUGAAUCCAGGGACUGUGCCGUCCUCUCUGCCAUCACAGACUUGAUAAAAACACAGGAGGAAGCAGCCCCCAGGAGCUUCCCGCCACGACUCCAGGAUGGGUACUACAGCUGACGGUGUUCUGUGGUGGUCUCUAGAGCCUGUGUGACAGCCGUUUUCCAUCCUAGUGUAAUUUCGGCUGGAUGCCAAACACUGGGACAUGAGUAAUUUUCAUGUGUAAAGUAGAAACCUUCAGCAGGUAGUAAAGACUUAAUGUGCAUGAGUUAACAAUGUUAUUUGUAGCUAUUAUAAAUAUACCAUAAAAACAGUAUGUUCUUGGCUCAUAUAUUCUGCUGUGGUUGUGUCCACACUGGGAAUAUUCCUCUUAUAUAUAGUGAGUGUUGUACCACUUGAGAAAUUUUGUUCUAUUAUGAAAAAUUAAUUUUUCUGCCCAUAAUGACUGAGUAAAAAUAGAAUGGUAACCAAAAAGCAGUGUCAAGUAAGAAUUUCAACACAGCCACAUUUUUUUAAUGAAACUACUAUCAGAAGUAAAUUAAUUUGUUGUAAUAAAGUCCAAUAUUUAAUAAAAUGUACAGCGUGUAAAUCUCAGCUAACUUUUUCACUUGGUUUCUACCUCUCCAGCUAUCCCUUGGUUUAUUUGCUGUUUUUUAUCUUUUUAGAAUAUAUUCAUACCCCUUUUACAUUACCAUAUGCAGCAUAAUGUAGCGAUUGAGAGCAUGGGUCUAGAGGCUGACUCCCCAGAUUUCAGCUCUGUCACCUCCUACAAGUUUUGGGCAAGAUACUCGACCUCUCUCUGUUCUUUUAUCCUUACCUGUAAAAUACAGGUCACAGUUAUAUAGAUUAAAUAUGUUAAUAUAUCUAAGUGCAUAGACAAGUGUCUGGGAUGUAGAGUGUGCUCACUAUAUCUUAGUUAUUGUGUGUCCCUGAAAUAGUUUUUUUGAUAACAGUCCACUAAAUUACACUUUUUUCCAUGCUCUGAGUGCUGGUUCACCCUCAGCCAGUGGAAGCUCCUGUAACACAGUGUAUUUUCAGCCCCAUCAGGUUGUGGCGAAUCCUCCUGGUUGCUGUCCAGCAGCCCUUUGGCGCCUUCCAUCUUGCUUGCACAGCCUUGUGCCCAGGGAUGUUGGACGCUUUUCCCCAAGAGUGAACCGGAUUGUUCUAAGCCAGUUGUGCAUGAUCUUACCCCCUUUAUUAGCGGCUGAUGAGGCGUGAGUGUGUGAGCCUGUGCUGGCUAUUGGCAGCUGAGAUCUCCAGUGGGAUGUCGGAGGAAGGUUCCCUCGCUGGCAGAAGCUGAGAAGAGCAACUCCUGCGCCCCUUCUUUGGACAUGGUCGUGUCUGAAUCUGGCCCACAGAGCUGUUGCCACUGUCUUAGGAUCACAGGACUGCCUCCUGGGAACGUGGAACCCAGUCCGUGAUCGUGCCAGUGAGAUGCUGAAUUGUGCAGCUCUGGGACCGCUCUACUCCUGGUCCGGUUUUGAUUCAGUUAGGCCUUUGUUGUUCUAGCCAUCGUUAGUAGCGUCUUUUGUAUGAGUUGGCAGAAAGCAUGUUACCUGAAACAUACUGUCCAUCGUUGGUGUUGUCUGCCAAGGCCUCUCUCUACCGUGUAUUUUGUGAUCUAACGGUUUGACCCAUAUGUCUGACAAAAGAUGUAAAAAUGGUUAGUACUGGGCAGCCUGCAGAAAGAACACAGGAAGAACAUCCCACUGCACCCUAAAAACUACAGCUUUCAUCUUGCCUUCCAAUAAAGUGUGAAGAAGCCAAAGGAAAAGAGUAUUGGACAGUGCAUGGGACUUGCUGACAGUGCUGUGAGCAUCUGCUGACAGCCUGGCUUGGGCUCUGCUCCCAUUUCCGGGCAUGUGUGUCCAACUUGUUUUGAAGGUGCUGUGUCCCAAGCCCGUUCUCUUGGCUGGUCUCCCAAGUGAUCUGUUUCUCCCUGCAUUGUCAGCUUGAGUCACGUCACAAGAUUGCAGCCUGUUAGUUUUGCCCCUGAACUCAAGGGGACCAUGAGGUCCUAUUUGUUUUCUAAGACUGUUUACGUUUGUGCUUUUUUUCUUGCUUUUUCUAUCCAGUUUCAAUUCACUUACUUGGCCAAAAUGGUCCUGGCAGAACGCAUUUAAAAAAUCUGUAAAGACAGAUUACCAGUUAUUUUUUUCCAUGUUCAUAAACCGAUGUUGUAUCUCCAUAUAAAUGGGUGAAGUAUUCCUAAAGAAUUGUUGAAUAGAUGAGCUAUUCGGACAUUGAAGCAGUUAUUGUCACCCCCGAUUCAUGAUUCUCUACAGCUGAUCAGGAUGCAGAGUUUAAUCGAAGGUGCUAUUUACAUUCUGUUUCUUUUGUUUACAAAAACAGGUAUUACUGAGUGGAAGAUGUAUUCGAGGUCUGAGAACUAUUAUUUGGUGCUUUUUAAGAAUAAGACAUUAAGAGGAAAGUCUAUUUGCCUCACCAUUCUGAGUGAUACCAAGGAUAACUCUUGAAAAAAUAACCCUGAAACAGAAACUUAUGGAAGAAAAAAAGAAAUAAACGACUGAAUAAUCUUUAAAAAAUGUCUUUGAAAAGUGAGCCCAUGUGACACCUUCCUAAUUCAUUAACUUGGGCAAAAGCUCUAGAUAGAUUUACGCCAAUUAUUACAAGUGAUUUUCUCUUCUUACUGAACUAUAGAUAAGCUUUAGAAGUUUAUUUUAGUGCCCCUAGUCAAAGUCUGGUAAUUUUCCUUCCACUCACUUAGCUCUGUUUGUGUAUGUUUAUUUUUAAGUAAUUGUGAUCACAUGGUUUCAGUUUAACAUAGAAAAAAAAGCAUGUUACCAUUGCUACAUUUUGAUCUAUUUUCCUGCUUUUUAAGCUUUAAUGUAUUAUUUUAUAUAUAAUAAAGUUAGCCAAUUUAAGUGUAUAAUUCUGUGAAUCUUGUCAAAUGUAUUAAGUUGUGUAAUCGCUACCGACACAGUCUUGAUAGAGAACAUUCCUAUCACCUAAAAAUUUCCCUACUUCCCUUUGCAGUCAGUCCCCUGCCCCAUAUCUACCCAUUGGCAGCCACUGAUCUGCUUUUGGUCCCCAGUUUUGCUUUUUCUAGAAUUUCAAAUAAAUGAAAUCAUCUGCA